AUGUCGCCUUCCCCCGUCAACGCUCCCCCUCACGUCCACACCCUCCUCUCCUCCCUCCACGCCAAAUCUCUCGCUCAAGAAGCUGCCCUCACCCCCGACACCUUCACCGACCGAUCCGCAGACUCCUUCCACGCCCUCAUGCAAGAUAAGUUCAUCGCGUUGGAACAAGACAAAUGUGAAUUCGUCUACCAGCUUCUCCGCGCCACCAGGGCCACCACCGUCGUCGAAGCGGGGACCAGCUACGGCGUCAGCACGAUCUAUCUUGCUCUGGCGGUGGCUCGGAACGCAAGUGCUUCUCGAACCAAGGGAAAGGUUAUCGCGACGGAGUACGAGCCCGGAAAGGCCACGGUGGCGCGAGAGCACUGGAAUACGGCGGGAGAGGAGAUAGCCUCUGUGAUUGAGUUGAGGGAGGGAGAUUUGCGAGAGACGUUGAAAAGGGAGGAUUAUAAUGGGGUGGACUUUUUACUCUUGGACAGUGGGUUGCCCCCUCCCCCCCUUCUCUGCCUUCGUCGGUUUAUUUCCGUAGAUGCUGGCUGA